GAAAGAACAUGCCGUGCCAGGGAAAAUUUCAUUCAAAUCAAAUUAUUAUCAAGUCAUAUGAUAAGUGUAUUUUAUUCUCAAUCGUAUUAUGCAAAAGCUGGAUCUUUCUAAUCUAAUCACAAUCUAGAAGACGUGCCUAUGUUCAUUGCUAUAAACAAAUAAAAAAAACAAAAUCAUGCACGAGUAGAAUAACCAGUACUCCACUAGUGCCCUUGUUGGCCUUCUGCAUUUCCAUAUUCUUCCUCUCCUCUUUUUUAAACCCACUAUUCUCUUCAUCUUCAUCAUAAUCAGAAUCCAAUGUAAAAUGUGAACUGCUGCUAGCCAUAUCCAGCUGCUGCACCAUCUCUACACUAAGGGUCUGUUUGCAAGAGCUUUAAAAAGCGGUUUUCGACUUUUGGCUUAAAAACCUAAAAUUAGCGUUUUAAAGUGACAACUUCUACUUAAAAAAGUGUUUCUCGACUUUUGACUGAAAAAUGUUUUUUACUUUUUCUAUUACACGAAAAGCACAAAUUUUACCAAAUGCUACCAACUUUUACUUUUCAAAAUCAUUUUUUUCUCGAACACUAUCAACUUUUACUACUAAUCACUUCAAAAAGUGCUUUUUUAAAGCAAAAGCAUUUGCAAACACUCCCUAAGUGGUCUAUACCUCAAAGUUGAUUCCCUGUUAAUUCCACUCUUCUUAGACACAAUAGGGUAUGCUCCAGACAUCAAAACCACAAGAAGAGCAAGAUGGCAGUUGAACUGAAGAGUGGCAAUGGCUCGACCUCGAUGGUAUUCGGGAUGUGCAUUGCACUUUAUGGUGUAAUUCCCUCUACUUUUUCCGUGCAAUGAGCAUCCAUGAGCUAUCAUGUUGGUGAAAAACGAAAACCCCAUUUGCAGGAACCCGAUCCCUUACAGGACAUGUCCCAUUCCGUGCCCCAGUCUAGUGUAACUAAUGCGAAGAGGGGAAUCAAAUUGAGGAAUUGGGAAGGAAAUUGAAGACGCCUUCUUGUACAUUACCGUGAUCACUUGCCUUGACACCUGUCGAUGGUCACUGGAGGUCACCCCCGCAUGAGAGGAUUGUAGCAUCAAGUUGCGGCGGCGGCGGCACUAGUCAUUGUGCAAGUGGUAACUGGUGAUUGUGAGCGGUGGUCACUUCGGACGGUAGUUUGUUAGACAAUGAUUACUGGGUGGUGAUCGCUCAUGCGCCUGGUAUGAUGUCACCGUAUAUUGGAAAGGUUAAUCUAGUAAUAUUCAUUUAGAAGUUUUCAUAUUUCAAUUUAGUCACAUUUCUAGAACUUAAAAAAGACAUCAUUUUAUUAGAACCCCAUUUACUAAUAUUUGUAACAAAACUCCUAAGAAAAUUCUCUAAAAUUAUUUAAAAAAUGUUUUUUUAUUUGUUUAAUAACUUCCACGGUGGAGUGCAAACGAGUCAAACUGUCAAGUCAAAACUUGACUCGAGUUCGGUCAAACUCAAACUCGAGACGGCUCAUUAAAUAAAACAAGCCGAAGUCGAGCUCUAUUUUUUGAUCUCGUGAGCUCGCGAGCCAUAAGUCCAUAACAUACUUAUAUACAUAACUAAAUAAUUAAAUAUAUAUGAUUAUAUAGAUACACAUUAUAUUUAUUUACUUGUUGAUGUUUAUUUAUUUAUUUAUUUCAAACCUUCGCACCAAUUUUCGGGUGAAAAUACCAUGUCAGGUAACUUUAAUGAUGAAAAUAGUGAGUGAUGAAUAGUGACCUGAAUAUACUUGUUUUCACCUUGACCUUGGGCGAGAAUAGUGACCAAUUUUCCACUUGCUUUUAUAUAGAGUAAGAUAUCUGUACAUCUUCUUCUUUAGGGUAAGAAUGAACCAUAUGAAUCCUAUUACCAGUUUGAAAGAAUAUGAUACUUCACUUCAAAACCAACAAAACAUCGUGUGAAACUAUUUCGCCGCUUAAUUAUGGUUGGUGCAUUUUAGGAAUGAUAAAAAUGUUGGUGUAACACUAACACCAAAGCAAAAUGCUCUUGUACAAUUAGUUUUUGUCAUUGCACCCUUCACUAUAAUCUAUAUAGUGCAUUUUAGGAAUGAUAAAAUGUUGAUGUAACACUAAAGCAAAAUGCUCUUGUACAAUUAGUUUUAGUCAUUGCACCAUUCACUAAAAUCUACAUACUUGCUCCUUACUUCCGUUAAAAAACAACAGUUAGUUUCCAAUCAUUCGUACAUGUGGCCUUGACAUUUUAAUUGUUCUACAUACUAGAUUGAAUUGAUUUCCAUUCAAUUCAUGGUCCGUUAAAAAGCAACAUUUAGUUUCUAUUCAAUUACUUAAUUGAUUUCAAUUAUUAGAAAACUGACUUACAGUGACACUUUUUAGUGACACUCUUUUAAAUAGUGUCGCUAAUUGAGGACAUAUCUUAUCACUAACAUAUAUGUGUCAUUGAUUUAUGACACUAUAACAUCAAAAUAAAUUACUGAUUCUAAAUAGAACUUUAACAUUUAUUUUUAUUUUAUCUCAUUGCCAAUUCAACUCCAAAACCUAAAAUUUCCUCCAUUAUUUUAGUUUUCUAUCUAAUAAUUUAGUUUUCCCACACAAAAACGUAUAGUGUAUUUUUCAGUCUACAUGGGUUCUCCCUUCCUCUUGGGCCCUUGGCCAUAAGAAUAAUACUAAAGGUACCCCAAAGUUGUACCCCAUUUUUACCCCACCCCUAUUGUGUGGUCAUAAAUGGGGCAACUCAUUUAAGUGGGGCACCCCUCAAGUAUCAUCAAAUUCACAAAUCAAUCUCAUUCUUUCACUUUUAUUUAAAAAAGACUCAAACUUUAACUAUUCUCACAACUAUGAGUGAAUUAGCAAAACUUAAUAAGAACAACAUAUUUAUAUUUCAUAUUUUUUCACUUCUUUCUAGUUUUAUGUUUACAACCUUACAUUGCUUAUAUCUUGGUGGUAUUGAUAAAAAUGUGCAAUUCUGAAAAAAGAAAAAAGAAAAUCAUAAUUGAUGCAAAAUGAAGUUUGAGUUCUUUUAUGAUAAAAGUCAAAGAACAGAAUAAAUUUGUGAAUUUGAUAAUAGUUUGGGAUAAAAUAAACUAAUAAUCCUUAUGAGUGAAAUUUUUACGUAUUUUUUUCAGAGCGCAAAAAAAUAUAGUAAGAAUAUUAUUUUUGAGGAUUGCAUGAGUCUGUUGACCGGUAAUAUUUAAUGGGAAUGUGCUAUUGGUUUGAGAACUACGCAGUAUUUUACAAUUUACAGAAACUCAUUAUAUUCCAAAAACUCAUAUUACAUAAAGAUUAAAAAAAAUCCUCCUCAAUAUCUUCCUCAUUCAUUCUUGCUUUAACUCCAACAGAAUCAAAUAUUCAACAUUCAUUACACUUUAUUUUCUAAUUAUUACUUCUAGCCUUGAGCCUUAUUCGAUCAGUUCAUAAUCACAAUGCAUAAAUAAAUGUGUGUGUUUGUAUCGAUCAAUCAACAACAAACCUCAUUUUUUCUUAACCAGAUAACAAUGCCCAAAUGAUACACGCAAAGCUAGGCAAAAAUAACAAUAGUGUGAUCGAGGAAAACGUAUAACACAAUGGUGCAAGCCAUAGGUAUUGAGAAACAAUAUGGUGAUCAAACCGAUUAUUUAUCAAAGAGAAAGUCAAAAGAAGCAGCUAAUAGACAUGCCAAGGCAGAAAGUGAACGCAGACAAAGAAUCAAUUCUCACCUCUCUGCCCUCCGCAAAAUCUUUCCCCAUCUCCCUAAAGUAAGUAUAUUCUUCUCUUCAUUCUUUGAAGUAACUUUUAAGCAUCUUAAGUAUAUUAUGAGAAAAUUACUAGAAGAAUGACCAAAGAGACGGUGAUUGCUAAAAUAUGACAAGAUGAGCUAUAAAAGAACAAGCGCCUAAUGUGUGGUCAUUUAAUUCAUUUAAGUAGAGCACCACUUAAAUGAAUUGACCCAUUUAUGGUCACACAUUAGGAGUUGAGGUUAAAAUGAGGUAUAUUUUGGAGUACAUCUGGCAAAACUCAAAUAUAUAGGAACUAAUCACCUUAUACCUCCUGAGACUUGUGCUACCGCAGAAAAAUGUGUGGUCAUAUUCAAAACAUAAUGGCUUUGUUUGUUUUUCAAUCUUUUGGUGGAAAUGUCAUUUCAAUCCGCUACAUUUUGCACCGUUUUCGGUUCAAAUAAGUUCAGCGUUUUGACUGAUGAAACAUUAAUACCCAAACAUGCCCGUUAACAAAAUGAUGUCUACAUAUCAUGUAUGCUACUUAUAGUUACUGAUGAGGUCUUUGCAUGUGCAUGUGUGUGCAUGUAGAAGGAUAAACCAAGAGUGCUAACGGAGGCCGUUCAGCAGCUUAGGAAGCUUAGGGCCACGGUGGCGGCUGAGCUGGCGCAACAGCAUGACGGCGGAGCGACCCCUUUAUUCUUUCCGGGAGAGAAUGAUGAGGUGGCGGUCGUUCCGUGCAUCGGAGGAGGAAGAGGAGGAGGGUCGGGGUUAGCUGUGAAUGCAAUGAUCUGUUGCGAAGAUAGACCGGGGUUGAACCGGGAAUUGAGUGAGGCGGUUCACUCGGUCAACGGGAGGGUGGUCAAGGCGGAGAUGGCGACGGUCGGAGGGAGGACGAAGGUGGACGUGGUGGUCCGCUGGUACAGCGAUCAAGGCGGCGGCGACAGGGAGAAAGAUCUCACGUCGCUUAGGCGUGCACUCAAGGUUGUGGUGGAUAAUCGGUCAUUGGGCUUUUCCUUGUCACGGGCUGACUCGUGGGCCUCUUUAGAAUUGGGUCCGUCUGCUAACAGAUGUAAUCAUAUAUGUGCUCCAACCAGUAUAUAUAUUCCCGACAAACUCGAUGUCAUAAACUCAUAGUGCUAGUGUAAAUUCCUAGCUUACUUUAGAGUUAACAAGAUUUAUUAGCUAGACAAGACUGUCCUUUUUAGUUACCCUAUGUAUAAAACGUCUAAAACAGUAAGCCUUUGAAAUUAUUGCUCUUUUAAAAACUGGGUCAUUGAUUACUUUGACACCCAACAGGCCACAAAUUCAAAUAACACUUGGGACAUGUUUACUUCACAGGUUACUAAACGAUGCUUAUUAAAACUCGUGUUAAUGAGCGUCGCAUAAAAUAAGCAGUGUUGUAAACUCAUAAAUACUUCAAAAAAUUUAAAACACCGUUUAAUAUUAAAAUGUCCAAAACAACCUUAUACAUAUACAUACACAAAAACAUUCAUGACCACAAGUAGAUAAUAUAAUAUAAUAUAAUACGUGGGGGUCACCUCGUACGCGUACUCAACCCCUACCCAUCCCUUAUUCCCGUACCACAACCUCUACCCCUACCCUACACCCUAACCCUCGACUCCCCCUACCAUGACCUUACUCUCUACCCCUACUCCCAUACCCCUAACCCUACCCUACUCAUACCCCGACCCCUGCCCCUACUCCUUUACCUCCUACCUCAUAGUGUACCCUUACCCCUACCCCUUUACCUUGACCAGUAGGCUCGUACCCCUAUCCCCACCCUAGGGUAAGGGGGGUAAGGGUAGGGUAUGAGUUUUAGUAAGGGUAGGGUGAGGGGUAAGUAGGGGCGGGCAGUGUAAAGGGGGUAUGGUUGGGGGUCGGGUGAGGGUCGAGGUAAGGGCAGGUGAUAGGGGGUAAAGGGGUAGGGUUGGGGUAGGGCAAGGAGUACAAGUGGUGGGGUGGGGGUGGGUAAGGGGUUAUGGUCGGGGUAAGGGGUGGGGGUCGGGAUAAGGUAGGGUAGGGUGCUAGGGGGUAGAGGGUAACAAUAUGGUAAGGGAAAGAGGUAAAGGUGAGAGUAAAUUCGGAAAUUGAAAACGUUUAAAAUGACACUUAAUUAAUACAUGGGGGUAGAGGGUAACAAUAGGGUAAGGGAAAGGAUUGGUAAAAUGACGAAUGUAUCUAUCAUAAUUCGUAUAAUGUCAUUAGAAUCAGUUUGGCUCUGAUACCACUGUUAGGAAAUUGAUGUAACGUACCUCGAAAGUACAACGAAAGUUUAAAAAUUUCCCAAACAGUUCUUCCCUAAUUAUGACAAAACAAUGAAUAUGAUAAUCAUAACAUAUCUGAGUUAAAACUUACAUAUCUUCCAAUCUAGCGGUGAUAAUCCUUGACCUUAGGUAUCCACGUGAUUUCUUCUUUCCGAAAGAACGGUUAGAUCUCCCUAAGAGAAAGACUAGAAAAUCUUUUUUGCAGGUAAAGAAACUGGUAAUACUAAAUCUAGAAAACUGAUCUAUUAAUUAUGAAGGAGGAUGUAUUUAUACUAGUUCUAAACUAGUUUCUCAAUCACAAUGAAAGUCUUGCUCAUUAAUGAGUUCUAGUCCUAUGAGGACCAAUACUUCAUUAUUAAUUAAAUAUAAGUAGAUUGAAUAAAAUAAAAUAAAAAUAAUAAUAACAACAAGAAUAGAGAAGUAGCGAGCAACCACUCUCUACUUAUUGUAUAUAUAUUAUUAUUUAUUUUAUUCCCUUUUCU